UUUUCUUAUAUAAGGGCUUCACAACUUCUAUUCCAGCAUCACCAUUCACCAUCUUCCCCUCGUCUCUGUUUACAUAGACUUCUCUACAAUUCGUUUCCAUUCAAUUUCGUCCAAAGCAAAGCAUGUUUUCGUCUCACAAAGCAUCAACAAUGCUUGCACUUUCAUUAUUCAUGGCUUCAGUAAUGACCGCAGCUGCUGGAAACUUUCUCCAAGAGGUCGACAUCACUUUUGGUGGUCCACGCGCCAAUAUAUACGAUGGAGGCCGACACCUCACCCUCUCGCUUGACAAAGGUUCAGGGUCUGGUUUUCAAUCCAAGAAGGAAUACCUAUUUGGAAGGUUUGACAUGCAAAUCAAGUUGGUGCCUGGAAACUCUGCUGGCACCGUUACCACCUUUUAUUUGUCUUCUCAAGGCCCAGGACACGAUGAGAUUGACUUCGAAUUCUUAGGUAAUUCAUCUGGAGAUCCAUACACACUUCACACCAAUGUGUACACACAAGGAAAAGGAAACAGGGAACAGCAAUUUCACCUUUGGUUUGAUCCUACAAAGACGUUUCACACAUACUCCAUCGACUGGAGUCCUGAAAGCAUCAAGUUUUUGGUAGAUAACAUUCCCAUAAGGGUGUUCCGAAAUUGGGAAACAAUUGGCAUUCCAUACCCAAAAAGCCAACCCAUGAGAGUUUAUUCAACUCUAUGGAAUGCAGACGACUGGGCAACAAGAGGAGGACUAGUGAAAACCGAUUGGACAAAGGCCCCUUUCACUGCAUCGUAUAGAAAUAUCAAUGUCAAUGCAUGUGUCGUGUCAUCUGGGUCAUCAUCUUGCGGCUCCAAGUUUACCAAUUCCAUGCAAGGUGGAAAACAGAAUGAAGUAUUAGAUGCUAAGACUAGGAAUAGAAUGCGAUGGGUGCAGUCCAGAUACAUGAUUUAUAAUUACUGCACCGACUUUAAAAGAUUUCCUCAAGGUGUUUCAGCUGAAUGCAAGCGCUCAAGGUUUCUGUGAUAGAUUGCAAGCCAUCUCGAGACAGUCCAUGAUUGUUUUCUGGUUCCUAUUUCUUGGAUCAUCAUUUCAAAGUAUUCAUGUAAUUCUUUAUUCUUUUAUUUUAGUUAUUUAUUUAUUUAUUUUUAUGUUUUUUUUGCAUAUAAUGAACAAAUAAAAUCCCAUUGUUCUUUUCACUUCUUGAUUUUUAUUAGUACCAAUUCCUCAAUCCAUGCAUUUCCACUCCCAAACGCAUGGAUUCUCUCGCUACCUCUUUAUCAGACACCAACAGCCAACAAUGAUUUUAAUACCCGCAAAUUUGCAGACUAAUAAAAAAACCCAAGACCUCUAGCCCAUAUGUGACUUGCAAAAUGCUUAAGACAGGGGUAUCCUGCCCCAUGGCUUUGGAAGGGAGAAAAAGAAAAAAAAGAAGCGAUACAAAUUUGAAAAUCACUAUUGGCAAUCGGUACAAGUUAUCAAACUAUCCAAGGAAAUAAGCCUACAUCUCUUCAUUGGAAAAACAAGGUACAAAAUUCCCCCCCGGAGCUCACGUUUCAAUUCUGUAUUUAUUGAGGACUGUUUGGGGAAUUGGCGUUGUUGACCUAAGAUUUUAGAAUUUUAGAAGAACAAGAUAAUCACAAUGUACGUUAGAAUUGAACUUCAAGGUUAUCGUGCAACUUUGUUAUUUUCCAAUUCACUCAUAUUCGUUUCCUCACGAACAUAGGAGACUCAAUUCUGUUCAGCAUGAAAGAACAGUUUCAAGCAAGUCAUGAAAACUUCAGAACAUAUAAAAUCAUACCAAGUUUCUUAAUGUUUAUCCUUGUUUUUUUUUUUUCUUUUUCUCGAACACCUUAUAGUGUGUUAUUGCAGGAUAUCAGAUCACAUCAUCAAAGGAAACUGUAGGAUGAAAAAUAACUAGAAAUGCUCAAAAACUCCAAUUAAAAGAAGAAGCUAUAAACCUAUAGCAUACUUGAUAGUGAAAAAAAUCAUCUCAUGAAGAAACGUACCUGCAGAGCUCCUCGAGGUUCAUCCAGCCUCGAAGGUCGCUUUUCACUUUUGUCCUCCUUGAUCUUCACUAUAUGUUCCAACAGCUUUCGAGUUCACCACUCCAUUCUUUACCUUCUUUUCUGAAAAUUCUCCAUCUUCAAGAGAUCAGACGCCUUAAUUUUGCUGGACGUAGUCCCCGUUACUCUUCUGGAGAUAUCUCAUCUUUUUCUUUUCCUUCAAACUUGCCUUAUUCUUCACAUUGACCGAUUCUUCCAUCGCUUCUCUAUAUUCAACUCUCUUCUCAAAUUCACCGCGUUUUCCUCCUCCUGGUCCUGUAUCAACGUCGUCUUCAUCUUCUUGAGCUUACAUUCACUUUUCCUCCAACGCUCAUCACCGAUGCUAUAUCGUCUCGUACCACCGCAUCGCGUGCUGCUGCUGUCGAUCGAAUGGCUUCAAAUCUCAUUAUUCCGUCGAGAAAUUUAUCGUUUGCACUAUCCUUUCUCCUCAACUCACCGAUCCCUGCCUCCAAGUUCCG